AUGGAGGUCGACCAGCAACCCGCCACCAAGCAGCCACAGCACCAGCGCACAUCGCGCAAGCACCAGCGCUCUAGCGACGACGAAGAUGUCUACCCAGACUGGAGCUCGGAUGUCUCUGGCCAGUUUGAUGACGCCGAAGAAGCAGGUCAGGACGACUACAGGUCUCCUACUGCCAAGUCGGUCAAACGCCGCCGCUCAAAUGACUGGCCGCUGCCCGAGGAAAGCGCGGACUACGGAUCGUUGGAGCGUCGCGGUGCCCGAGCAGGCUAUGCGAGUCUUGUUGGCAGUUCUGCCGGCAUGAAAUCCUCGCCACGGGCUUCGCCUCGCGCGUCACCCCGAGGGUCGUUGGCGUCUCUUCGCAAUAGACACCAUGGUGGUGGUGGAGGAGGAGGAGGAGUAGGGACAUCGUCCAGCCCACGGCACUGGAGUGGUCGGCGCUCGCGGUUCAUCGAAGCUAGUAUGAGCGACAGCAUCAGUGAGAAACCGCCUAGCGUCUUUACGCGCGAGGGCAAGCCAACUGGCUCGCAGCGGCAGUCUGGGAUCUUUCGGUUCGGCAAGGCUAUUGCAGCGGCAUUCAACCCCUUCGGCGGUUGGGGCAAGACGACUUCCCCGGAAUCGAACAAGGCGCAGGCGCAGCCGCAGACGGAUGCGCUGAGCCAGGCCGAGCAGGCAUAUGCGGAGCUCAAGAAGACCGGCUACAAGGGUACCAACAAAGGCGCUUACAUCCAGAGCCAGCAUGUUGAUUCAAACAUGGCGGACCAGACCUGGGAGUCUAUCAAGGAGAAUGUCAACUGUGGGGGCGAUGCGGCGGCUGUUGAGGGUUCGGGUCGCUAUUCGACGGAGCAUGGAGGAGACCGCAGCACUGCAAUAAUGCCGCGGCGAGACUCCGGGGCCUCCUCUAAACGGUCUUCUUUCCAGGACCUACGCAAGGCCAAGAUUCCAUUCAUGAAGACUCACGAGGCGCCGUCGACUGCCGUGGUAUCGGAACACAAUCCAGAUCAAAUUUCUGAGGAUUCGGAGGGCCAUGGGAUUCGGAGACAAAGAUCGAAAAAGGAGCUUUCACGCCAGGCGAAGCUGCUCAAGAAAGUUAACAACCUGGAAGACAAGCUGGAUCGUGCGAGACGCGAGCUUCGCGAGCUGACGGGCAAUGAGGAUCGGACAUCUGCUCCUGCGUUGCCGUCCCAGACACAGACACACGCACAGAUACAGUCGCAGUCGCAGUCGCAGCCACAACCACCGUCGCAGCCACAGCUACAGCCGGAGCCGCAGCCGCAGCCAAAGACAAUGUGCAUGGAAAUGGAUCCCGAAAGUUAUCCGCGCAAAUUCGUCCCUGGUGCUCUCCCAACCCUACCGUCCGAAAGACUCCUUGAUCAACAAGCCGCCGAAUCCGAGUCUUCUCCUGAUAAACCUUCUGUCGGUGCAAAUGUGUCCCAGGAAGAAGAAUCACGACUGGCCCAACAAAACGCCGCUCCAGUGGCGGCGAUUAAGUCCCCGAAACGGCGGUCCAAAGAGCCCUCCCGGCCGUCGUCUAUGGGUAAGGACAGCUCUUCCUCUUCCUCCCGCAAAAGGAAGUCACCAGUUCCUGAAUCUCUCGGUAGUGGGAAGUCUGCUCAGCCCCGUGCGACGGAGAGCAUCGACGACGAUGACGACGCGCUCAAAGAACAACAAGAACUCCUAGCCGACUACGGGUUCAUGCUGAGUCCGCCACCUCGUCAAGCGAAGUGGCAGAAAUUCGAGGCUGGCGAUAGUCCCGGAUCGGUGGAGCGCAAACGCACCGCGAACGAAGAUGACCCUGAUGCUGCUGCAGCUGCCACGCACAAAAUGUCGCCAUAUCAAACCCGAAGAAGAUCAGCUACUCCCCACUCCGCCGCCCUCAAAAACCGCUCACCAAACUCCAAAUCCAAGUCCUCCACGAGAUCUCCCCCGCCAAGCAGAUCUCCAGCUCGAGCCACUAUCCAUGCGGUGCCUUCCUCCCCUACCAAGAAAACCGCCAAUACCAAUAGCCCCGCCAAUAACAACGACUCAACAAUCCCGGACUCAGACGCCCCUUCAGAAGCCUGGCCCUCCCCAUCCCCAGCAUCACCAUCCCAAAACCGCGCCUUCUACCUCCAGCCAGACAGCCAACUUAACCCGGACCGCAGUCCGCGGCGCUCAUCACCCUCACCAUCCUCCUCGCCUUCAAAGCGGAGCCCGAAUCGGAGCAGUCGCACAUACAUGCAUGAAGACAUCCCGCCCGUCCCGCCUCUUCCGAAGGAACUUCUCCCCAAUGCUGCGAAGGUGAAUAAGUCGCCGACCAAGUCGCCGAAACGGGGGUCGAGAUCGAUGGCGGCGGCUCUCGAGCAGCAGACUGAGUCUGUCAGGAAUCGGAAGGCGCCUGCGCCUUGGCAGACGGACGAUUAUCCAUGGCCGGAGGAUAUCUUUUGA